AUGUAAUAGCGGGAAGAAUAAUUUACGUUGUAUAAAUUACUUAAUGUGGAACCAAAAGCAACUUAAAAUGAAAUAGUAUUGAAGUUAAUUAUAUUUUUAGAAAAAGUCUUAUCGGUAAUUAGCAUUGCAAUUGCAUCCAGAUAAAAAUCAAUCAGAUGUAAAUGCAAAAGAGAAGUUUUAAAAAAUAUCUGAAGCUUAUUAGAUUCUAUCGAAUGAAGAGAAAAGAAAAAUGUAUGAUGAAACUGGUAUGAUUGAGGGGAUGGAUGAAUUUAAAAAUGCAUAUGAAUUUUAUCGUAAUCUAUAUCCAAAGAUCAGUAAAGAAGAUAUUGAUAAAUAUGAAAUAAAGUAUAGAUUCAGUAAAGAAGAAGAAAAUGAUUUGAUUGAAUUUUAUAAUAAGUAAAAAGUGUUUGUAAUUAUAAUAAUAGAAAUUCUGGGAAUGUGAAAUGUUUAUUAGAGAAUAUAAUAUUAAGUAAAAAUGAAGACAUUCCUCGUUUUUUAGAAUUUUAUGAUGAAAUGAUAAAAUAAAAGAAAAUAACAGAUUAUAGAAUAUAUUAAAUCAGCAGAAAUAAGAUAAAAACUUUAAGAGAAGACCCAGAAGCAUAAUAAAUUGAUAUGGAUUAAUUGACUAAAUAGAUAAGACAAAGACCAAAGAAUACAUUUGAUUAGUUUAUUUAAUAGAUGGAAUAGAAAUAUCAAAAGCCAAAGAAGGUGAAGAGUUAAAAAAAAUGA